UACAUAGGAGGUACCUAACCUAUUUGCUUGGUACCUCCUGAGGUAUAGAAUAUAGAAUACCUCAAUAGCCGAUAUGCAUAUAACGGAACGAUAUCUUGGCCGUUGAUUGUCACUCUAACAUCUCACUCUUAGCUCCGGAACAUACGAUAUCUAGUUGAGUAUACGACCAACAAUUUGGUGUUGACUAAAUAUCCGCUCCAGUGUCAAUGGAAUAAACUUGGAAGAAUUUUCCGUUAUUAGGAAUUGGACCAUUCAAAACUGUAGGGGUCUCAGCAAAAAUGAAAGCUCUCACUCCCUGUCUACGCUCCGUGUCGAGCCGGCAUGGCCUAAUCCAGAACGUGCUACAACAAUUAACCAUAGCGGCAUUGGCAGCAUCAUCAUCAUCGCCAUCAUGCAUCACAGCAAAUAGCAAAAACAACAGGAGAUCUUUUUCGGUCCUCAACCGCCCUCCGCCAAAUUACCCGGGCCACGUACCUCUCACGGGCCUCGAGCGCGCCGCCCUAGCCGUCGGCUCCGGCAUCGUAUCCUUCCUGGACCCGUACCGGGGGGACAUGAUCGCGGCGCUCGGGGAGGCGACGGCGUCGCCGUACUUCAUCGAGCGGCUGCGGCGGGCGAUGCUCGCGUCGCCGACGGGGCGGCGGAUCCUGCGGGACCGGCCGCGCAUCACGUCGGCGUCGCUGAACCUGCCGCACCUGCGGACGCUGCCACCGGGCACGGUGGGCGGCACGUACGCGGCGUGGCUGGACCGGGAGGGGGUGUCGCCGGACACGCGGGGCGGGGUGCGGUUCAUCGACGACGAGGAGUGCGCGUACGUCAUGCAGCGGUACCGCGAGUCGCACGACUUCUACCACGCGCUGACGGGCCUGCCCAUCGUCCGCGAGGGCGAGGUCGCGCUCAAGGCCUUCGAGUUCGCCAACACCCUACUCCCGAUGACGGGGCUGGCGGUGCUCGCCCUCGCCACGCUCAAGCCCGCCGAGCGGAGCCGCUUCUUCAGGAUAUACGGGCCCUGGGCCGUGCGCAACGGCGUGCGCAGCGACGAGGUGAUCAACGUCUACUGGGAGGAGGAGAUGGAGACGGACGUGGACGCGCUGAGGGCGCGGUUGGGCAUCGAGAGACCGCCUGAUCUGAGGGAGAUACGCAAGCGGGAACGCGCGGAGAAGAAGAGGUUGAAGGAGGGGGCUGCUGUUGCUGCGCAGGAGGUUGCGAGUUAAGGAAGAGGAAGAAGCUAUCUUAUCGGUUGGUAUUCAUUCAUGAGUUUCUCAUUAAUAGAAAAAAAAAUAGAUGGAUAGAGGUAAUCUGAACCGAUCCAUACAAGUAAUUAUGGACCGCAGGUAACGAGGACCGCAAUAGAAGCUAGCCACUCCUACUUUUCCCCCAGAAACGCCUUGCCUU